UAAAAUAGGCGUUGUUUUCAUUAUAUUAAUUUUUUUUUAAAUAACAUUUUUAUAUAUCAAUAGUGUUAUUAAUUACAUGAUUUUUAUUACUAUUUUUUAUACAAUGUUUUCAUAAAACUAUUUAUUUAUCAAUUAUUUGUUGAUAUAAAUCUCAAAUCGUCCAAAAAAUGUUAAGACAUCAAUCAAAUUAUAUCUCAUUUUUAUUAACAAUCAUUUUUAUCGAUUAUGUGAUAUGUCAGUCGUGUCCAAAGGGUUGGGAAGAGUUUCAGACGGCGUGCUAUAAGUUUACCCGAAAUCCGGUCAAAAAUGUUAUACAAGCGGAGGACACGUGCUUUCUAUACAAUGCACACCUGAUUAGUGUCAACACUCUGGAUGAACAUCAGUUUGUGACCGCUUGGCUUCGCAACAACGAUCCGCUUCAUCGGAAAUGGUUGACCAGUGGCCGCGACACCAGUAAUAACAAUUGGAAAUGGGAUGGAGACCGAAGCGAUUUUACACUUAUCCAUGAUAUUUGGCUACCGGUAAAUGAAAACAGUGUCAACCGAUUUGAUUGGACACUGAAUACCGGCAAACACGCGGCCUAUAAUUUCUCUGAAUCGGCCAAUCGGUGGGGUUUGAUUCGGGUGCCCGACACUUAUGAGUCGCCAUACAUUUGUGAGAUCAAAAAGGAGGACUUAAUUCAUGCCAUGGCCUCUGAAAGAGAUAUAGAUUAUGGCAUAACAACCGUCGAUCCGCGUCAGAUACCACGCGGGCCUGUCUUCACACAAGAGCCCAAAAACGCUGUCUUUGAUUUAAGUGGUCGGAGCCAAUUGAACUAUAUAUCUAUCAGAUGUGUGGCCGACGCUUAUCCGACACCAAUUUAUAAGUGGUAUAAAGAGGAAUACGUGAACAAUAGGCUUACUUCUAAAUAUAUCGACCCACUGUCCGAUUUCCGGAUCACACAGACUGAUGGCAUGAUUACUAUCUAUAAUCCACAGCAAACUCAAGAUCGGGGCAAAUAUCACUGCACCGCCGAAAACAGUUACGGCAUUAUUAUGAGCCAAACAGUUCAACUCAGCUUCGGAUAUAUCGGCGAAUUCACAAAAAAACGGUCACCAGAUUAUGGCAAAGAAUAUUGGGGUAAAUCGAUAUCCUGUGAUCCGCCACAACAUCACCCGCGAGUCAACUAUUACUGGACUCGCAAUUCGUUUCCCAAUUUUGUCGAAGAAGAUCGUCGAGUGUUUGUCUCACACGACGGAAAUCUCUAUUUUUCUUCACUCGAGAAGAUCGACAGAGCGAACUACUCGUGUAACGUACAGUCGGUUAUAUCCAAUACCGGCCGUACCGGUCCAUUCUUUCCAUUGAUUGUCGAUCCGGCAUCGAGUGGCCAGAAAUUGAUGUUUCCAAACAAUUUUCCAAAAGCCUAUCCCGAAGCUCCGUUAGCCGGCGAAGAUGUCCGACUUGAAUGUAUGGCCUAUGGAUAUCCUGUACCAUCGUAUAACUGGAGUCGUUCGGGUGUCACAAAUCGGUUGCCUGAAAGCGCUUAUACUACUAAUCAUAACCGUGUGCUUCUACUACCCAAAGUUCAAGUAGAGGAUAUCGGUGACUAUGUUUGUACUGUUACCAGUGGUCGGGAUGUCAUCCAAAAGAAAGUCAUGUUAAGCAUUCAAUCACUUCCUGUAUUUACGAUAAAGUUGGGCAACAAAGUCAUCGAAAGAGGUACUACUCGACCACUGGUCUGGACGUGUGAGGCAUUUGGUAUACCAGAUGUCUAUUAUCAGUGGUAUAAAAAUAGUGACGAACUUAAAGAUCGGUCGCUGAUGGAUAACUCGUUGUCACCCGAAGAUAGACAGAGAUAUAUUGUCACACAUAAUAUAUUAACAAUCGAUGGCAUAAUACCGGACAGGGAUGAAGGCAUGUAUCAGUGCCGGGCCUGUAAUCAAUUGGGAUGUGCAUUUUCUAGUGGACAGUUGCGUAUCAUAUCGAUGGCACCGUCGUUUCGAAAGCAUCCACUCGAUAUCGAGACGUACGCCUCGGAAGGCGGAAACGCGACAAUUCCGUGCGUUCCCGAAGCCAUACCGUUUCCGACGUUUGAGUGGGAAAAAGAUGGCACACGAGUGGGCGGUCCUGUCGGCAGAGUUAGGAUUAUGUCCAAUGGUUUUCUUUCCAUAAAUCCCGUCCAGGUAUCAGAUGAAGGACUCUAUACUUGUAUUGCUCGCAACGAUUUGGGUUUUGAUAGAUCUCAGGGCUAUCUUCGUGUCUUCAGUCGUCCGCGAAUAUAUGAUGGACCAGCUGUUGCUUACGAAAGACGGGUCAACGAGACUCUGGAGAUGCCGUGCUCUGCAUUUACCGAUUCGGCUCUCGAUGUGGCCUAUGUUUGGCGACAUAAUGGUCUGAGAAUUAAUUUUACUAAAACACCGCAAUUUUCUGAAGGAACAUUUCCGGGAUUUCUUCGUCUUAAUAAUAUAACCCUAUCGGAGGCCGGAGACUACUUGUGCGAAGUAAAGACAUCGGUUGGCAAAAAUAUUGCUAAAACAAUACUACAAGUAUCAGGUCCGCCGAGUGCACCGGGAGCUGUUUUGGCCGAGGAUCUGACGGCAACUUCGGCCAAAAUUCACUGGAGUGAUGGAUCAGAAAACAGUCGCCGGAUAUGGGGUUAUAUGAUAGAGGGUCGCACUAAUCAUAAUCAAAAUUGGUUGCCAAUAAUUAAUGUGUCCGACUAUCAGAACCAAUAUUAUACUAAUAAAGAAAACGGAAGAAAAGUCACUCACGUUAGAGAUGUCCUCUCGCCGUGGAGUUCAUAUGAAUUCAGAGUUUCAUCAAUCAAUGACAUAGGAGUUGGUCCGCCAUCCGAUCCCAGUCCCCAAUACAAUACCGAUAAAUCAGUACCUUUUAAAGCACCGGCCAAUGUUGGAGGCGGGGGCGGUAAAGCAGGAACAUUGACAAUAACAUGGGAUCCAUUGCCACCGCAAGACUGGAAUGCACCAGAAAUUUGGUAUCAAAUUUAUUACAGAGCUCAAGAUCUUCGUGACAACGAUCCGUUUAUCUCCAAAAACCUGUCGACAUUGGGAAACACCAAUAUGUAUGCCGUCAAUGUCGGCGAAGACAACUAUUUUAAGCCGUAUUCAGUGCGUGUUCAGGCCAUGAACUCCAUGGGUCCGGGACGAGUGAUCAGCGAUCCCGUUACCGUUUACUCUGCCGAAAGUAUGCCACACGUGGCGCCCAAUCAGGUGUACGCUGUGGCCUACAAUUCAACUUCGCUGAACAUUUCAUGGGCUCCGCUGGAGAUGACACGGGAGAUGAUCAGAGGUCGUCUUAUCGGUCACCGAAUCAAGUACUGGCCGAGCGAUAAUUGCCAAGCGAUACGAGCUGACCAAGAGCAGAACUCAUUGACAUUGUUGAACCGUGGACUCGAUCCGUGGGGUCUUAUUGUCGCUCUGAUUCCCGACACAAAGUAUUGCAUAUCUGUCAUGGCUUACAACGACGCCGGAAGUGGACCCGAAAGUGAAGCAUUUCUGGCCCGUACUUACAAAGCAGCGCCACAGAGACAGCCGACCAGUGUUAACAUUACAGCUACCGAUUCGCAUUCAGUUAUGGUCACCUGGAGAGGUAUUACCACUUUGACCAAUGCCGAGGAACCUAUUAUAGGCUAUAAAGUGAGAUACUGGGAGACAGAUCAACCAAUUUCAUCGGCCAAAGAGGUGUAUAAAUAUCUAGACGGCGGAGAACUUAAAGCUAUUAUUUCGGAUCUCAUACCGGGAAAGGUGUAUAAACUAAGAGUACUGGCGUUUAGUAGCGGCGGUGACGGAAAAAUGAGUACUCAGUGGGAAUUUAAAGUCGGCGAAGGAGUUCCAUCUCGACUCACAUCCUCAUCAUUAAAAUUGACAUCAAUUCCAAAUACAUUGCAAUUAACGUUAAUUUUGUUAAUAUUAUCUAAUUUUAACAUAAUUUAGUUUUUAAUCAAUUUAUAAAAAUAGCACAUUAUUUUUUAAAAAUAUGAUAAAUAUUGAAAAAUAUGAUUUAUUUGUAACAAUAC